AUGGACUCUAUAUGGCAGCCCAUAAAAAUAUGGGUUUUAGUGGAUAUGGUUCUUAAUGGACAUGGUUCUAAUGGACAUGGUCACUCUUUGUCCACAAACAAUAAAUGGACAAAUGGAUACGGGCUAAUGGACGUGGACUCGCCCAGUUUACAGCUAUAUCUCUCUAUAAUCUUCUUUCUCAAUCUGAUUCGCUUUUCAUGUCAACAAGACUUAACUUUCGUUUACAACGGCUUUAACCAAGGCCAAGCCGAUCUUCACCUAGACGGUCUUGCAAGAAUCCACUCCCCAGGUGGCCUUUUGCAGCUAACCGAUGCCACGACUCAGCAAAAGGGUCACGCGUUCUUCAACCGCCCGUUCGAUUUUGGCUCAGCCUCGUCUGAGUCUCUCUCUUUCUCGACUCAUUUCGUCUGCGCCUUGGUCCCCAAACCAGGAGCUGACGGUGGUCACGGGCUUGCCUUUGUUCUGUCCUCCUCAAUGGAUCUCACAGAAGCAGACCCAACUCAGUACUUAGGACUCUUCAACAUCUCAACAAACGGUUCUCCUUCCUCUCAGAUUCUAGCUAUCGAGCUCGACACCGUCCAAAGCGCAGAGUUCGACGACAUCGACAGAAACCACGUCGGUAUAGACGAAAACAAUCUCCACUCCGUUGUGUCCGCUCCAGCUUCUUAUUAUUCCGACAAAGAAGGAGCGAACAAAAGCUUGACACUCUUGAGCGGAGACCCUAUCCAGGUGUGGAUUGAUUACGAAGACGCUCUGCUCAACGUUACAUUAGCUCCUCUACGUAACAAGAAGCCUAGCAAGCCUCUUCUGUCAAGAAACAUCAAUCUCACAUCGGUUUUCCCGGAUGGUAAACCAUUCGUCGGGUUCUCAGCAGCGACCGGGUCACUGAUCAGUUACCAGUACAUCUUAGGAUGGAGUUUCGGCACGAGCAGAGCUUCUUUACGGAGCCUCGACGUCUCUAGACUUCCCACGGUCCCUCGUCCCAAGAUACCCAAGAAAACAUCUCUUCUGCUUAUUACUCUACUGGUUAUACUCGCACUCCUAGUAACGGCCGCUCUGGGAGGGUACUGCGUGUACCUGAGAAAGAAGUAUGCAGAAGUUAGAGAGCCGUGGGAGAAGCCAUACGGUCCGCUUCGGUACACAUACAAGUCGUUGUAUAAAGCAACGGGAGGGUUUAGAAGAGACGGUCGUCUUGGGAAAGGAGGUUUUGGAGAAGUCUAUAAAGGAACUAUGCCUACUGGAGAAGAUAUAGCGGUGAAGAGACUAUCGCACGACGCGGAGCAAGGGAUGAAACAGUUCGUUGCUGAGGUUGUGACAAUGGGUAGUUUACAGCACAAGAACUUGGUUCCUCUUCUAGGGUACUGCAGGCGAAAAGGCGAGUUGUUGCUGGUCUCCAAGUACAUGGAAGGUGGCAGCGUUGAUCAGUAUGUGUUUCAAGAUGAUAGACCGCCUCUUUCGUGGUCUCAAAGGCUUGCGGUUUUGAGAGAUAUUGCAUCUGUGCUCUGUUACUUGCAUACAGGAGCUAGUCAGGUUGUUUUGCACCGAGACAUCAAAGCUUCUAAUGUGAUGUUAGAUGGAAACUUACAGGGGUUUUUAGGAGAUUUUGGGAUGGCUAGGUUUGAUGACCGUGGAGCAAACCUCUCAGCAACGGCGGCUGUUGGAACCAUAGGGUACAUGGCGCUCGAGCUAACAUCAUCAGGAACUUCGACUAGAACCGAUGUGUACGCAUUUGGUGCAUUCAUGCUUGAAGUAACGUGUGGGAGGAGACCGUUUGAUCCCGAGAUGCCGGUUGAGAAGCGACAUUUGGUCAAAUGGGUUGUUGAAUGCUGGAGAAAAGGCUCUUUGGUUGAUGCUAUAGACAAAAGACUGGGUGGUAAAAUCAUACCCGGGGAGGUUGAAAUGGUUCUGAAACUCGGCUUGUUAUGUACAAGUAUUGUACCUGAUGCACGACCAUCAAUGGAACAAGUGGUGCAAUACAUAAACAGACACCAAAUGUUACCUUCUUUAUCUCCAGAUACUCCCGGAAUUGGAGUUUCUACGCCAGUGUUAAUGGGAUUACCUUCCCUGGCAAUCACUUCCACUUCAGGGAUCUCAUCAGCAUCACCACCAUCGUUUUCUUCUUCCCCUAGCAACAACUCAAUGUUCAUUUCUCACACAAUCAUGUAUGGUGAUGGAAGAUGAAAUCUGACAACCAGAUCGCUUGUGUCAUUGUCCCUAACCUAUUAACUUUUUAUAAUUGCAUUAGUUAUGUUGUAGACACAUCUUUAUUUGGGCUACAAGCAUUUAUGCAAGAGUAAGAUUGUACUAAAUGACUUUUGUCUAUGCUUGACAUUGUGAUCAGGUGGU